AUGAACAUAGCGCGGCACAAACUGAUUCACACCGGCUCGAAGAGAUUCGCUUGCGACUUGUGCGACUACAAAUCGAACCAAAAGUCGAAUCUCGAGAGCCACCGUCGGCGACACACCAAGGACUAUUCGUUCAGAUGCGAGCGCUGCGGCAAGGGCUUCGUCCUUCGGACGGAAUACCUGGAGCACGUGAACACGCACACGAGAAAGCAGCUGUAUCGAUGCGAUCACUGCAACAAGUCCUACCCUUACAAGAAGAACCUGACCAAUCACCUGAGGACGCAGCACGCUGGCGUUCUGCCGCUGGAGGUGAAAAACGACGCGAGACGACACAGGCACAUGUGCACGAUUUGCCUGGAAGGUUUCGCGCGGAAAUCGUUCCUCGAGAGGCACUUGAAACAACGACACGCACUGUCGAACGAAAGGACGACGAGACACUUGUGCGAUCUGUGCGGGGCAGUGUUGUCGUCGAAGAGGCGGCUGAUGGUGCACAGACGGGGCCACGCGGACGAGAAGAUCGUCAAGUGCGAUUUAUGCGACAAACAGUUCGCCAGCAGGGAGAACCUCAAUGUUCAUCGGCGAGUGCACACCGGGGAGAAACCGUACGGUUGUUCGCAAUGCGGACGAAGAUUCACACAGAGAACGUCUUUGACACUGCAUCUUAGGUACCAUUCCGGCGAGAGGCCGUAUCAGUGCGUGGAUUGCGGCAGGGGAUUCGUUUCCGGCAGUUUCCUCAAGAAGCAUCGAAAGAUCCACGAGAGAACCGCGCAGCUCGAGACUCGCGAUUGCGAAUUCGAGGGGAACGAGAAGGUCUGCGACCUAUGUCAAGAGAAGUUUCACUUUGUGACCAGAUUAGUGGCACAUCUCAGGAUCGUUCACGGUAUCCACAGACCUUUCAAGUGUGUCACGUGCGGGAAAACGUAUCCGCAGCAGUUCAUGCUGAACGCCCACGUAAAAAAGUCGCACACUCCGAAAACGACGCCCUGCGGUCAAUGCAGUUUCAUGGGUGUGAACGCCACCGACGUGGAGAGACACACGAAACGACACCAUCGAGAAGUGAAGUUCACCUGCGAGAUCUGCAGCGAGAACUUCGUGGACAAGGAUUCCUUGAUGACUCACACGACUAUGCACAACUUUAUGCAGUUUCAUCAGUGCAACGCUUGCGGUACUACGUUCGACGACGUGUACAGCCUGAAGGAGCACAACCGUCUGUACCACUACGAUCCGACGACGUUGAUCCAGGAGAAGCUGGAGGCGGACGCGCCGCAGCAGGACACCGCGACGGAGCACAAAUGCGACGUGUGUGGCAAGGUUUACAAGUACAAGUCCGUGUUGAAGCAACACAAAGUGAAAGCGCACGGCGACGUGCCGAACUACGAGAGGCGUCGCUAUCUGUGCGCACUCUGCGGCAAGGAGCUAAAAACCGCGAAAGGCCUGGAAAUUCACAACCGGUCGCACACCGGUGAAAAACCGUACACCUGCGAGGUGUGCGGCAAGUGUUUCGCCUGCGAAACGCUGCUCAGGACUCACAACGUCACUCACACGGGCGAGAGGAAGUACUCCUGCGACCAAUGCGGCAAAGCUUUCACGCAGAGGUCCACGUUGGUUGUUCACAAGCGUUAUCACACUGGCGAACGACCGUACGUUUGCCCCCGGUGUGGCAAAGGUUUCGUCACCAGGACUGUUCUCAACACUCAUAUGAAAUCCUGUCGUUAA